AUGCUAAAAAAAAUAAAGGCCUUUGUUGAACCCCUAGAGCGUCUUCUGACUACUCAUGGGGUUAGAGGGCCACAAAAAUCAACAUCUUUAAAUACCACUUGUAAUUCCCAACUUUCUCAUUCAACAAAACAAUGUGCAGAUUUACAGAAACAACUUGUAGAAUCUAAUUUCUCUCUAAUCAAUGCUCAAGAAAAUUCUAAACUCUAUAAUUUUAUUGAGCAAAACUUUGGUCUUUUUAAUAAUAAAUUUAAUUAUUUUUCAAAACCUGUUCCAGCUGCGUCUUGGAAUUCAAACCAACUUCAUAUACAAAGCAGGAUAGGUUUAUUUCAUAAUCCCGUAUCUUUGUGUCCAAUAGGUCUAAAAAAUGUAUUUGUUGCCAAUAACAGUAGGAAAUUCUCAACUAUUCACACAACAUCAAUGGUAAAUAAUGCUACUAAUUGCGGUGGAAAUGCUAUGUUUUGCCUAGGCUUCAAACCGUUUUUUAAUAUUUUUAAUAAACCAGAUUCCUUAUUCUCAAAAUAUAAUCUUAAUAAUUUAGAUCAAAAAAUUGAAAACAAAAAUGCAAAUAGUUUAAAGAAAAAUGAAUUUAAAUUUCAUGAAAAGUCUAUUGGUCGCAAACUUUUUGAUCAAAGUGAUAAAGCUACGUUAAAUAUCGAUAAAAGAAUAAAAAUUAGUAAUAAUAAUAAUAGCAAAAGUCAAGAUAACAAUGCAAUGACUAUUUGUAAUGAUAAUACUUUUGAUCAUGACGAUGAAAUUUUGGAUAGAGGCAUUGAUUAUACCACUAGAAAUAUUCAAUACUAUAUGACUUUUGUGAUCAGUUCACCUCCUCCUCUAUGGCCACUUAACAGCAUGGCCACUUCUAUAUCAAAUAUAUCAAAUAUUAGUGAUACAUCUUUAUUUCAUAAAAAGCCGCCUGAUAUUCAACAACUAAACGAUUUAAUCGUUAAAGGACUUCGUGAGAAUUCAGAACUUUAUUAUAACCACAUGAAAGAAAUUACAUCAAUAUUGGAGAAAUUGUUGCAACAUGAAAACUAUGAAAUAAAAAUUUUUGGAUAUGAAUUAAGAGUCAAUUUUCCAUGUGGUAUGCAAAUUGAAGAAAUUGAAAACUUAUUAAAAAGUUUAGGAAUUAAUCCAACAAAUCCACAUUUUGAACUUGAGAUGAUAAAUUUUGAAGAUAGUAUUUUUAUUUCACCUGAAAUAUCGAAUAUAAUUGAGGAUGAUGAAUUGGCAAGUUACAGACAGGAUGCCUUAAUAACAGGUCCUUCAACAGAUAAACAUUUUGUGACAAUUGCUGGGGCGCCGCCGAUUUUUGGACCAACUUCAACAACUUCAACGACAACAAAUGUAAAUAAACAAUUAUUUGGUGGCUUCCCUACUUCUACAACAACUGCACCUUUUGCUUUUGGAUCUAGUGGAUUGUCUAGUAAUGCGUCUACAACUAGUAGUAAUGCUACAGAUAAACCAACCAGUUUUGGAAGGUUUAAUUUUCCUGGUGCCUCUACCACAACCUCAACUACAUCCAAUGUCCCAGCAUUAUCAUUUGGUGCCAGCACUUCUCAACUUACUACUAAACCAACUUCUACCGGUACUGGUUUAACAAGUUUUUGCGGAUCAACUCCUGGUAGUAACUUCCCUGCUGUUAAUGCUUCGAAUAACUUUGGAUCUACUUUUCAAACUGGUACAUUUGGGAGUGGAAGCUUAUCUAGUAAUGUUGGUGGUCCUACUAACACCACUACAGGUUCAUCGGGAUUAUUUACCUUAGGAGGUGGCGGAGAAAUUUCAAAUGUUAGCUCUACCCCUACAACUAGUUCAUCAGGAUUUUCUUUUGGAGGUAGUAAUUUUUCCACUAAUUCUACCUCUGCAACUACUGGAUCAUCAGGAUUUACUUUAGGAAAUGCAGGUGGAUUUUCCACCCUACAAAAAAGUACAUUUGGUAAUUUCACAACAACAGGAACUAUUGUUCCCACCACCACUACUGCUACUACAACUAAUGCACCAUCUGCAUUUAGUGGACUAACCAAACCUACCGAAACUGCACCCACUGCAGCAUCUACUGCAGCAUCUACUCAAAACUUCUUUUCUGGUUUUAAACCAAAUAUUGGCGGAUUUGGACAAACCGCGAAUGUAUCAACAGCUGCAACUGGUUCUACUACUACACCUCAACCUUUAUCAUUCAACACAUCAGGUUUUAAUGCCAAUAAAGGCAAAGAUAGUAUAUUAGGAGGUUUUGGUGCCAAUACUAAAUCAACCUUUCCUACAUCAUCAUUGUCUACCAACACAUCCACACCCACCACCACAGCUCCCCCAAAAUUUCCUUUAUUUGGAAUAACCACUCCAACUUCUACCACAACUGCUGCUGCUGAUACUAAUCCUAUUCUCAAGAAUCGGAGUACAACCAUACCUUCAUUAUUAUCUACAACUACAACAUCAACAUCAACAACAAAACCUACCACAACUACAGCUUCAACCUCAUUAUCAAUACCCUCUACAACAAAAACUGCUACUGAUCAAAUACCUGCAUGGUUAAAAAACAACAAUAUAGAAGGAAUCAUUGAUAAAUGGACAAAAGAUCUCGACAAUUGCACCAAAAAAUUUAAUGGUCAAGUAAAAGAAGUUCAUCAAUUAGAUCAAAGAGUAAUGCUGCUUAAUGAUAAAAUUAACGAGGCUAAAAUUAUACAGAAUGAAAUUAAUGCAUUUUUAGACGAAACAGAUAAUAAGCAAAAGGUUUUAGAAAAGGUUUUAGAUGAUUUUGAAAAACUUUUUGAUGAAUCUAUUUGGGAAAAUAUGAAUCCAUUUGAUAAAGAGAGAGAAGAAACGUAUAAAAUAACUGAAUAUGUAAAUCAAAAUUUAGAUAUUAUGAGUCAAGACUUGUUUACAUUAAUUAAUGAAAUCAACACAAAUCAAUCAUCAUCAUCUACUAGUUUUACCACUGCACCAGCAGGUGAUGGUAAUGACGAUGGGAUGAUUGAAGACAUUGAAGAUGAUCCAAUUGAAGAAGUUGGGAAGAUACUCAACUCACAUUUAAUAUCACUACAGUGGAUUGAUUCAUCAGCUAAUCAACUUUCUUCACUUAUUCAAGAAGCACAAAGUUAUUUUGAGAAAACU